CGGAGAGGGAAGAUUGAUGAAAUUGUGUUGUGGUUUCCAUCCACGAAAAUCUGGUUGAAAUUUUUGCAAUGUUUGGCGCACUGUAUACAAAUUUUGAGAUCAGAUGCUGAUCUGAUCGGAUCGAUGAUUUUUCACCACUGAUGGCAGGGUUGUCGCGGUAAAAUUUGUGAAUCAAAUUUUGGCAGCUCUGAGAGAUUGCCAUGCAGAAAGGUGGUGGGGAUGCUGACGAUGGUUUGAAUCCUGCACCUCAGUCCAGUGGGGCGCCAGUAGGUGGGGCAAAUGGCGCCUCCAGCCUGCUUUCUUCUGCGCAAACGCCAGCUGUUGUUUCAGUUGUGCAGCCCCCACCUGCUGGCCCGUCGUCUGCAGCGCUUCCCCAGAUCAGCCCGGUACCUCAGCUCGUACUUGCUGGGUCUCUUCAAACAGAGGGUACAGCUCCUAAUGUUGUAUGUCCACCUCAAACGGGCCUUCCUCCACAGUUACGAGGUCUGAUCGCGCACACUACUGGCUAUCGCCCUCUUCACCCUCACUCUCUAGCCUCGGCCACCCUGCCCACACAAUUACUUGGCUCGCCGGGUCUCGGGAGGCGGGUUUUCAGUCCGACCACUGCGGCCAUUGUCACGUGUGCUGGUGUCCUGUCGCCAGCCCUCUCCCCUCACAGUGCCACCAUUCUCGCUAGUCACACAUUUCACAGGCAGCUCGGAGGGGCAGGUGGGGCUAUCAGUGGAGGGAGAGCCUUACCACAGCAGCAGAGUGUGCCUGGCCAACCUGUCGGUACAACUGGGUUUUUAGUGGGCUCUGACUCUGUAUCUCUCCCAGGUAACACCAGCAUCAGUGCCAGUGGCGGGACCAUCCAUCACCAUGGCCAAAGUCCCACACGCGGAGGAUUACCUCCCUUGGCAAGCCCAUCAGGGUCGGUGGGUGGAGCCAGUGUUCCCUCGACCAGCCAGUCUCACUCAAGGCAUGCGCGAGAAACUAUCACCUCACAGAGCCCUGCCAGCUCAAACUUGAGUCGAAAUGUGUUCGAAGGACUUACAAAAUCUCUAGCGGCCACAACAACAUUUGGCCCAUCGCCGCGAAAACGGCCACGGGUGGAGGAAAAGCCAGCAGCCACUCCAGAAAUUGCCCAUCAACGUAAAUUGAUAUUGGAUAGUAAAUAUAAAGACAUGGGUGAAAUUAGAAAAGCUUAUAUAGAACACUUGACAGAAUUGUUCUUUCUGCAAAACGGUGGCAAUAUCAUGGACUAUUUAGCAUGGAAGAAGCGCCCGACUCCACAACUAGUGCAUUUCCUUAAAUCGGGUAACCUUGACAGUGAUGAGGAAGAUGAUCAUCAGAUACAGGUGAAAACCUAUAAUGAUGAGGUGAAAGUACUAACUGGUGCAGGGAGUAAUAUUCCGCUUUCUACACCAGUUGCUAUUUCCAAGACAUUACCUCCAAAUGUCACAGCUCUGAAUCAAGGGUCUGUGAAUACUGUAAAUCAAGGGCCAACAUCUCUGUCUCAGACAGUUCCAGGUUUAACGACAGCAGAGUCGCCCGCCCUCACAACGGCUACAGUCACUUCAUCUGCACCGUCAUCACUGUCCAUCACAACCACAGCCAGCACGACUUCCGCCUCGGGCAGUAAACCCAUCUCGUCUCCCUUGUCUCCACCUGCCAAUCUUCACAGCCAGCUGGCCAAGUGCAUUGCCAGCCUCAACGCCUCACAAAUAAAAACCGCUCUUACCACAUCAAUUAGCAAUGGCUCACCCAAGGCCCGAUUAUCCGUAUCAAAAAAACAUUCACUUUCAUCUAUGUGUGCCAGCCCUCUUGGAUCUCAAGAAGCUAUUGUGGAGAGGGCUAAACAGGAAGCACAGGUAAUGCAGCGUGUGUCUGAGCUGAGGAAGGAAGGGAUGUGGUCAUCGCGGCGAUUGCCCCGGGUCCAAGAGCCUCCACGUAACAAGGCACACUGGGACUACCUCCUGGAGGAGAUGCAGUGGCUGGCCACAGACUUUGCACAGGAACGCAAGUGGAAAAAAGCAGGGGCAAGGAAGAUUGCGAGAAUGGUUGCCAAGUAUCACCAAGAGGUUCAUCAGAGAGAAAUAAGGGCUGAGAAGGAAGAAGCUAUGAAGUUGAGGCGAAUUGCGAGUCAGUUGGCUAAACAGAUCAAGGAGUUCUGGACAAAUAUAGAAAAGGUUGUGCAAUACAAACAGCAGUCUCGAUUAGAAGAGAAGCGAAAGAAGGCAUUAGACCUUCACUUAAACUUUAUUGUGGAUCAGACCGAGAAAUACUCCACCUGGUUAACGGAAGGACUGACAGGGGGCAGCACUGCGGGCAGUGUGGCCUCAGACACCACCUCUGACCAGGCUCACACCAGUGGGGACGAGGAUUUUCAGCCAGCUCAAGAGGAUUCUGAUGAUGAAGAGACAAUAGAGCGAGAAGAACAAGAGGCUGGUACAGAUGAGAAAUCAACACUGGAAGAAGUGGAGGCUCUGCAGAAAGAGAGCGAGGUUCCUAUUGAAGAGUUGAUCAAAACCAUUCCCCAUGAGGUGUUCUCUAAGCCAGCCAGUCUAGCAGACGAGUCUGAAGAAGUUGAUGUGGAGGGCGAUGGGGAUUUGUCUCCGCUACGAGAUGAGGAGUUUGAGGCGGCGAGUGAUGAGGAUGAGCAAGAUUUGGAGGAGACCAUUGAGGAACAGGAGAAACACGAGAAGAAAGCAGACCGCAAGAAGGAGAUAGACGAACUGCAACAAGAAGGUGAAAUGUCAAUGGAAGAGUUGGUGGAAAAAUAUGCAGGGGCUUAUGACAGUGACUUUGAGUUUCCUAAUGAAAGCACAGAUGAUGAAACAGAUGAUGAGAGUGAGGCCGAAACUGAAGUGGAGGAGGAGGAGGAAGAAGAGAGUGAAGAGGAAGUGGAGGAUGAGCCAGAAGGGGAGACAACUCAGGAAGAUGUGGGCCUGGAAUACCUGAUGCAUCCAGAAGCAAAGGAAGAUGUUGAUAUAGCUGUUAAGAAGGAGCCAGAGGCUGAAGGACCAGGGAAAGAGAUCACGGAUAUCGCUGCUGAGGCACUCAGUCUACAGCCUAAAGGGUACACGCUACAAACCACCGAGGUAAAGACAAAAGUGCCAUUCCUCCUGAAGCACAAAUUGAGGGAGUACCAGCACGUUGGCUUAAACUGGCUGGCCACCAUGUAUGAGAAACGGCUCAAUGGGAUCCUAGCAGAUGAGAUGGGAUUGGGGAAAACCAUCCAGACGAUAGCUCUGCUUGCUCAUCUGGCAUGUGAGAAAGGUGUGUGGGGACCUCACCUCAUCGUUGUGCCAACUAGUGUGAUGCUCAACUGGGAGAUGGAGAUUAAGAAGUGGUGUCCAGCUUUCAAGAUUUUAACUUAUUAUGGCAAUCAAAAAGAGAGGAAACAGAAGCGACAGGGCUGGACGAAGACCAAUGCUUUCCAUAUCUGUAUCACAUCGUACAAGUUGGUCAUACAGGACCACCAGUCAUUCAGGAGGAAAAAAUGGAAAUACUUUAUUCUGGAUGAGGCUCAAAACAUCAAGAACUUCAAGUCCCAGCGCUGGCAGACCCUGCUGAACUUCUCGAGUCAGCGUCGCCUGCUGCUGACAGGAACUCCCCUUCAGAACAGCCUGAUGGAGCUGUGGUCACUGAUGCACUUCCUCAUGCCACAUGUGUUCCAGUCUCACAAAGAGUUCAAAGAGUGGUUUUCCAACCCGCUGUCUGGCAUGAUAGAGGGUAGUCACGAGUAUAACGACAGUCUCAUCAGACGACUUCAUAAGGUGCUGCGACCCUUUCUGUUGAGAAGACUGAAGGAUGAUGUGGAAAAACAGAUGCCAAAGAAAUACGAGCAUGUUGUGAUGUGCAAACUGUCCAAACGUCAGCGCUAUCUAUACGAUGACUUCAUGUCACAAACAAAAACCAGAGAGACGCUGUCAUCUGGCCACUUCAUGAGUGUUAUCAACAUUCUCAUGCAGCUGAGGAAGGUCUGCAAUCACCCAAACCUGUUUGACCCACGGCCAAUUGUCUCCCCUUUCCAGAUGGAGGGCAUUGUGUGUCAGGUUCCAUCGAAGGUUCUACAAGCCCUCGAAUAUAACCCAUUUACGAUGAUUGAUAUCAGGACCCUGUUUCCCUCGCUAGUUGACAUGGAGAAGGACUUGCCGGCGUUUGUGGCUCACCGUGUGAAGAAGUUACAAACACCUCAUCAGCUGAUUGUGGAGAUUGACAGUCAGCCAGACCCGCCCCCUCGCCUCAAGCCAGCCAAGAAACCUGUUGUGUUUCGAAGUGUUAGCCCUCUUGUGCAGUCUGUGUCUGGUCGAUCAUCCCCACUAGCUGCAGCAGUGAGCCCGUCCAUCGCUGGUCAGAACAGACCUGCCUCCCCUAUAACCAUAGUGAGAACAGCCCCAGCUGUUGUCAGAACACAACAAACACCUUCUCCAGUGCCCAUAAAACUGGGUGUUAGUGCAACACAACCUGUACAGUUACAGAGGCUGGGUGCAUCCCCAGUGGCUACAGCAGUGGUGCAGCCGGUUGCUCCCAACACUGUGGUUCUGUCCACCCCUGGCACCAGGGUGCCCACCUCUCAUGUGACCACGGUACAGGGAACGCUGGCGGCAAAACUCCCUACCAUACCAGGUUCUGCUGUCCUGACCUCAUCAGGAACCCAAGUUAUCCCAUCUCAGCCAAUCACUGUUCAAAUUCAGCAAACGGAUCAGGGGACACAACUGAUGAUCCCAUCUGGCCAACUCUCUCAGUUACCAGCAGGGUUUAUCCAGAUUGUACAAACGUCAACCGGUCAGCAGCUGAUCACGACGACCGGGCCGUCGGCUGCUGUACCUCAAACUAUUCAAGUGACCCCUCGUCCAGCAAUGACCUCUGCACCGACCACACCCCUAGUGAACGGUGUGCCCUCUGCAGCUUUGCCUACAGUGGUAGGUGUCAGUCAGCCAGCGACGACAGCGGCUGGAGUAACACCUGUGAGAGUAACCUCUCUAGUUCAGCAAUCUACCCCAGCAGCCAAUCCACUCACCCCAACAUUAACAACAGUCAACAAGCCUGUGAUGAGGGUGUCCCCCUUAACUGUACAGUCUCCAGCCACACCCAAACCGUACCCCACAGCUACAGCAACAUUGGCCAGUACAAGUGCCACCCCAACUGUAAUCUCCAAAACUCUGAGUGAUAGCCCCAGUACUCCUGCGGUGACAAAGGCUGCUGUGAAACCUGUUGUGAGAGCUAGAGUUAAACCAAAGUCUGAGUUUGAUCUGACAGAGUUGGAAAAGCGAAGGUCGAAAUGUCGGCGAGAGAAGCUGGAGUUGAUCAGUAAAUUGAACAAGCGUCACUGUGAUGUGAAGCCUGUGUAUGGGCAGGACUUCUAUAACUGUGUGAACUUAUUGCGCGACGGAGAGCAGACAGGUGCUACAGGGACACAGUGGAAGGGACGAGGGUUUAUACACUGUCAUAAUGUCCAGCACUGUAAACGACCCCACCGCAUGGCGAACUACUUGGCGAGGACGGAGGCCCUGUCACAGCUAGUCCACACACCAGAGCAGUAUUUAUCUCAGCUACAGGACAUCUUGCAAAGGUAUGUCUUUGUGACACCUGUGGUUGUGGCGCCCCCUGUCAGCCUGAACGCUCCCCACCCGUCCCCGUCAUACCUGGUCAGUGAAGUGACCAGGAAGGAAUAUCUCCACAGAGAAUUGUCACCACGUGUGGACUGCCUGCACUCCAUAUCCUCCAAGAUGACCGUCACGUUUCCAGAGUUGCGACUGAUACAGUAUGACUGUGGUAAGCUGCAGACGUUGGAUAUCUUGCUACGAGAUCUCAAGUCAGGGGAUCAUCGUGUCCUCAUCUUCACUCAGAUGACCAAGAUGUUGCACGUGCUUGAGGCCUUCCUUAACUAUCAUGGUCAUCGUUACCUGCGACUGGACGGUACUACCAAGGUGGAACAGAGACAGGCUCUAAUGGAGAGGUUUAAUGCUGACCGGCGGAUCUUCUGCUUCAUCUUAUCCACACGCUCUGGUGGCCUAGGCAUCAACUUGACCGGGGCUGACACCGUCAUAUUCUACGACAGUGACUGGAAUCCCACCAUGGACGCGCAGGCCCAGGAUCGCUGUCAUCGGAUCGGGCAGACCAGAGAUGUCCACAUCUACAGACUGAUCAGUGAAAAGACAAUAGAAGAGAACAUCCUGAAGAAGGCCAACCAGAAACGCCUGCUUGGAGACCUGGCGAUAGAGGGAGGAAACUUCACAACAGCUUUCUUCAAGGAGCAAACGUUGAAGGAUCUGUUUGAGGAGCCGUCAGGCCUGGAUCAGCUGGCCAAAGAAAAGGCAGAAACGUUGGAAAGGAAGCAGUCCCGCGCACGUGCAAUAGCUGCAGUGGAGCUACCAGGUAGUGAGGGCGAGACCAAGAAUAUUGUGGCCAAGUUUGAAGAGGCCCUGUGUAAGGCAGAGGAUGAGACUGAUGUGAUUGCAGCCAAUCAGGUACGAGCUGAACAGAAGGCUGAGCUGGCCGAGUUUGAUGAGAACAUUCCGUGGGACGAGAAAGAGGACAGAAGACAGGAGGAAGAUGAUGUAUCAAAAGUGGAACAGGAACUGGCUAUGCUGGAAAAAGAGCUGACUCCAGUAGAGCGUUACGCGGUGAUGUAUAUGGAGUCUCAGCUGGAACCGUACAAUGUGGAAGAGCUGGAAAUAGCAGAGGAGGAAGUGGAGCUGGCAAAGAACUCGUGGGAGUUGGCUCGUUUGAAGGCCCUGAAGGAGGAGGAGGAAAGACGUGCUGAAUGGGAGGAGGACGAGAUGCUGUUCACCUACUCCCGAGAAGACUCCUACAACCAGGUGUUCGUGUCAGAUACUGACGGUGAUCAGAUGCCACUCUGGGCCCCUCCCACCCCACCCCAGGAUGAUAAUGACCUGUACAUAGACCAGACGAUCUUCUUCAUGUACGAGCCCAUGCCGAUGACAGAGACCCAGCUGCCUCCUGUCUAUGUGAAGAAAGAGACCCGGAAAACAAAAGUGGAAACGAUGUCAAGACGCUUGCUCCAGAAACAGUCCAGCUCGGAUGCUUCUGCCCAACUACAGGCACGCAAACUCAAGCAGAGAAAAGAAGAAGCACCCAGAGUCCCUCGCUCGCUGUUUGAGCGGCCAACAGCAACCAUUGUCAAGCUUCGCAAAGAGGCUAAGCUACAGAAACUCAAGCAAGGGUUAAUCCGUCCGUUCCGCCAGUUGCCGGCAUCCAGUAACAAGCCGGUAAUGGACAUCACACCUGACCACCCAGAGUGGCUGAUACACGAGGACUGGGCCCUGCUACAGGCUGUCCAGACGCUGUUGUACUUGCCCCUGAAUCUAAUGAUUGUUUCCCCUGCUCACAUUCCCAACUGGGACCUCGUCUCUGAUGUAGUCAACAGCUGCAGUCGUGUGUACCGGUCGCCCAAACAGUGUAAGCUGCGCUAUGAGAAUGUGAUCAUUGCUCGUGAAGAGGGACGCAUUCUCUACGACAUCAACCCCAGAAAGCAGAAGAAGUCAAAGGGUAUUUACAAGGACUUGCCUGUUGUAAGCUCCUCCUACUCUUCCACGCAGACAAAGAACAACCGGCCAAUGAAAACCAGCCAGCUCUUCCUGCAGGACAACCAGAACUCGGUCACUAUGCUGCACUCACUGCGCUUUGACUCCAUCAAGUGCAUCGCAGGAAAGCGCACACCCACUCUGAGACCCACACUCGUGAACCCCACGCAGAAAAAUCCAAAACACGCGGCUGUUUUGGCGGAAAGUGGAAUAACUUAUGACACCCCGCUGAACCCCGAGAAGGUGGCGGCUAUUCGGGCUGAGCGAAUCCAGCAAGAGAAGAAAAAGGGACAAGUGAUGAUGAUGAAGGCCCAGACCGAUCAGCUUGCAGCCCAGAGAACACAGGCGCAACAAGCGUCCGCUGCAUCAACUGCAGCUGCUCAAGUGGCGACCCAGCUACAAACAGCUGCAACCGCAGCUGCCAAUGUCCUACAGACUGGAGCACUGCAGAAACCUGGGGUGAGCCCCGGGACAGUACCCGCUGUCUCCAUCACGCGCCCAGGGGGCAGCACUAGUAACAUUGUUGUCAACACUGCACCGGGGGUGUCCGGCACCACCUUUGCAGCCAUCAACAAACGAAUGAGCCAGCAGACUGGGGCUCUGGCCCAGCCUUCCACUGUAAAGACUCUGUCCCCUCAGACGGUGAGCCAGGCGGUCAGAGGUCAGAGGACGGUGCAGGGCACAGCUCUGACUAUGCAGGAACUGACCACUGCUGUAAACCAGGCACAGGCCCAAGCUCAGGCCAGGGCUAAUCUCACAUCUGGUACGGCCACAGUGGUCACUACAGCCAGUCUGACGGCUGCCCAGUUAGCCGCACAGAGGACGGUGGCCUCUGCUACUUCAGUCACAGGAGUGACAUCAGUACAACAGCAGCUGUCACAGGGCAGUAAACCUCUGACACAGGCUCAACUGUCACACCUCAGACAACAACAACAGACGAUCCUCAAACCCAACGCUCUGCACCCCAGGCAGAUCCUUACUCAGAAAAUACCCUUCAAUGAGAUGCGUCGGCAGCAGUUGAAGCAACAGCAGCAGCAGCAGCAGAUCCGUCAGCAGCUGCAGCAGGGUCAGACAGGUGCUCAUCAGCUACAUGUGGCCAGCGGUCAGAAACCUGUCUUAACCUCUCAGCUGGUCACUGCUAUAGGACAGAAGACACCAGUGAAGCCUAUCCAGCGACUGACGGAGGCAGAAGUGCAGGCAUUGAUCAAGCGUCAGCAGGCCUACAACAAACAGUCAACAGCCGGCCAUGUGCAGCAGGUAAAUAUUAUUGCUCCAGUACAGCAGGUGGGUCAGGCAUCAAGUGCCCAGAGCCCUGUGGCUACCCUGGUUAAGACAGUGUCUGCCCCCUGCGUGUCGAGUGUCACCAUACCUGUCACCCAGGUGGGGCCAGUGAACAUCAACGUCAGCAUGACAGGGCAGAAAACUGCGACAGGGAAAAAUCUGACUGUCAACCAGUUACAUCAGCAACAAAAGUUAAAUCAUUUCCGUCUGCUUCAGCGUAACCUGCACCCAGCGAAGAUGGGUGUGGCUCAGCAGGUUACUGGGAAGGGCCAGGUGCCCCUGGGGGCUAUUCAGAUCAACCGGCCUCUGCCCACCAUUACCCUGCAGCAGUUUGUUAAACAGCAGCAACAGCAGAAUCAGGGGGCUACAAUCCAGCAGAUCAUCACGUCUGUGGCCCCCAGCACACAGACUACCCAGCCCACACUAAUCGCCACGGUGACACAAGCCCAGCCCAUGGUGGCGAAAGUCUCUCUGGCAACGGCUCCAGCCACAACACAGAUGCAGGCCAUCACCCAGGCUUCUUCGUUGACAUUAGGCUCACAGGUGUCGGUGACAACCCAGCCGUCCGUGGCAACAUUGAGCCUGACAGCCGCGUCCCCACAAAGUACCCCCACGGGCGUGGUGCAGUCUGUGAAUGUAACUUCUGCUGGAUCCCCAACUGUGCAGAUGCAGCCAUUACAGACGGUGUCGGUAGGACAGGCCAAAUUGACGAACAUUGCGCAUGCUGUGCCUCAGGCGCGUGUCACUCAGGUCGUCCAUCAGCAGGUGCAACCUAGUCAGGUGACAGGAAUCGGACGCACGCACACCAUUGCGGCACAGACACCACCGGUCGCCGCACAACAAGUGGUAGUGACAGCUGCAACAGACUCACCACAGAUCCAGGCACAGAUUCAGAGAGCGACUGCGUCAGCGCUAUUGGCGUCUCAGGCCCCUGCUGCAGCUACGCAACAGGCUGCACCUGCCACUGCGCCUCAUACUGUAACGCUGGCUUCAGUGGGACAGCAGGCUCAACCUGCGCAGGUGGCGCAACAGCAAACAGUUCAGGCACAGCCACUGACACAGACUCUACCAGUGCUGUCUCAAGCACAAGCAGUGGCGACGCCAGGCACUGCUUCUCCCCAGGUCACGCCUCAUGUUGUAACACCAGCAACACCACAGACUGUUCAGCAACAACAACAACAGCAGCAGCAGACCCCAGCAAAGACACCACACUAUGCCAUGAGAUCCCGCACCACACACAAACACUAACCCAGACACUUUCAAAUGACUUGAUGUUGAAGACAUUGCCAGCCGCAUAGAGUAGCCCAGGUAUCCAGCUUACCUUUAUCAAGUGUGGAAAAGACAGUCUAUAGCCAAUGUAUCCUCCUCGGUUAUACAUGUUAACAUGUACUUUUUGGGGUUUGAUCGAACUCUUCAGAAAUAUGAACAUUUUGUGGGUAGGUAAUGUUUGUAUUAUGCAGUCGUGAUAUAGAUGAAGAAUUUU